AUGGACGUGGAACCACCCAGCCAAGAUGUAUCGACCAAUGAGGAGCCUCCAAUUGAAUCAGACACCUUACUCGAAUCCCAGGCGGCGGCCAGGGAAGGCGGAAAUUCAAGACAGCGGUUGCUCAUCUCUGCUUUACCGGCUCUGCUUCUAUGUACGUUUUUGAUUCGGUUUGACGGGAGUUUUGUGAUUGGGAAUUAUUCGAGACGGAUUGCUCUUGAUUUACAUGAUUUUAAGAACGCGAGAUGGCUUGUGCUGGGCUUUCUGGUGACGGAGUCUGCUUGUGGUCCCUUGUAUGGCCAUGCAGCUCAAGUCUACGGCCACCGAAACGCCAUUCUAUUUGCAGCCACAGCUAUGUGUAUCGGUCUCUUCUUAUGUUCUGUAAGCUAUAGACUAUGGCAAGUUUCACUUGCUCGAGUCGUAGUAGGCACUGGUACUGCAGGAGUUGAGCUUCUCGUAGUCAUUAUAAUCAACGACUUCGUCCAACUCUACGAACUACCUCUCUGGACCAGUCUAACCACAUUCUUUGGCACCAUUGGCCUCAUGCUUGGAGGUCCCUUAGGCGCUGUACUAGCAGACCAUCUCGGCUUUCGCUCAACAUUCGGCAUUGAAUCUUCCUUCAUGGCCAUCGCCCUAGUAUUCGUCUAUCUCACCCUAAAACUCCCAGAAUCCCGUCCCAACACCUCCAACCGCAGCGCUAAAAAGAUCGAAUACCUAUCCUCAUCCCUCCUCCUCUUAUCCGUCGCCGUCCCACUCUUCGCGCUCAAUCUCGGCGGCGAAGUAUUCAAAUGGGGUCAUCCAGUCGUGAUAACCAUGUUCUGUCUCUCACCCUUUCUCGUCGCUCUCUUCUACUACGCCGACACUCGCUUAGCUAGCACGCCUAUCGUGCCUAAAAGGUUUGUGCAGGAUCGUAAUAUAGCUAUUGCGCUAGCGUGUACAUUGCCUAUGAAAUUCGUGUUUGAUCAGCUACGAUUCAGUUUCGGCACCUACCUCCAAGCACGCUCCUUCGGCAAAGACUCUUCAUUCGACGACUGGGCACUAACCUGUGUCUAUCUCGGCCGCGCCCUGGGUACAAUCGGCUGUGGGUUACUGAUCAAACGCUAUCGCCGCUUCAAACCAUAUUUAAAAGCCGUCAUCAUAGUUGAUCUAAUAAUCUACUUCUGCUUCGCACUAGGAGUCAUGCAAAAGCCGAAAUUCGCACCCAUCCUCGCGUUCAUCGGAGCCACGGAGGGCUUUGCCGAGGGUUUAUGGCUCGUGGCUAUCCUCUCGUUGGUCGAUGCUGAAGAUCAACCUUUAUUAUACGCCUUCUUCGGCCUCUCUCAAGCCGUCUCGGGAGACUUGGGUAUUGCCAUCUCCUUAGCGGCUGAAGGCACAUUAGUCCGCUCCAAACUCCACGCCAAAUUAUCUGGUUACGCAAAUGCCGAAGAGAUCAUCCGCAAAAGCCUCGAGGAUCUGAAUUACAUCAAAGAGCUGCCUGUCAAAGUCCAGACCAUAGUUCUAAACGCCUUAAUAUCAUCGACCGAGAUUGCGUUCGCGAUAUCCUUCUUGGUGCUCAUGAUCAGUCUGUUCUUCAGCUUUUACAUAAAAGAGAUGCCGCGGGCGGCGAAGGGCGUUUCUUAUAUCGCGUAG